AUGAGCUCCAGCGGCAGAUCUCGCGCAUGGCGCAUCGUAGCAGUGUCUGUGGCUCUCUCGGCAGCUCCAAGCACGACUUGGGUGUCAGGUUGGUUCUUCGAUGCAUCGUCCCGAGGUCGACCCGGCUGCACCUUUCGAUGUGCCGAAGACCUAAAAGGGGAGUCCGGAAGGACCAAAGUGACUGCGGAAAACUUCGAAACUCCCGGCUGGAAAGGGCUAUCGAUCCUUGAAGGCCUGAAGGGGCAACGAAUCCCCAAGGGUUUCGAAACCUGGUCGGACUACACCAGGUAUGCGCUUGAGGGGAUCAAGGUGAAUGGUCCUUUGGGACCCACUGCGGAUCAAGCCAAGAACAAAGAAUACCGGCCUAUGUCUCUUGUGGACCGCAAGAGGUCAAUGGGUGUCGACUUUGGCCCAAGUUUUGUGGGUUUGGCGCUUUCACUAGGCGGCGUGAAUACCAUGCCCAUGGGCACCUUGCGCACGGGCCAGGACUGGAAAGAUUUGGCCAUCCAAAUCGCCCGCAUUGCGAGCACACAGCGUGUCAAGGACAUUGUUGUUGGACAGCCGUUGAGCAGAGAUGGCACGGAGGGCAAGAUAGGCAAACUUGUGCGGUAUUUUGUCCAGGUUUUGGCCGAUGCGUGUCUGCUGAUGCUCGGCAACGAGGUGACUGUCUUCAUGUGGGACGAGCGAUUUUCCACCACCUACGCUGCCAUGCGCUUGGGCAAUCGCCCACGCUUCGAUGGAGAGGCGUUUAAGCGCUGGAUCACGGUGCGACAGGGCUUGAACUGGAGCGCCAAAGCCUUGUUGGACUCUGAGGCAGCCAGGGCAAUUUUGGAGCACUGGCUAUCCAAAGAUGAUCGAAGUGAAAUCAUCAACAAGGAGCUCUCGGAAAGGGUGGCUCCGUCCCGGGAGGCAUGCAUGAGGUAUUUGAAGUACCGCAAAGUGAAAGCCAUGCUGCCGCAGCCCACCAUGGAUUCCCAACCUGAGGAGCCAGCAGGUCCAGGUAGGGAGGCGUGGGAAUGGUACGACCGGCAUCCUGACAGUUACGAAGUGGACGAAGAACAGCACCAGAGCGCAACCACUGCCUUCAAUGAUUACAUGAAGGGCCUUGACGGCUUUGGUGAGAAGGAACGUGAGUUGGAGAAGAUGGCGGAGCAGCGCCGGCAGCGCAACGCCGAGAAUCGUCGCAUCCGGAAGAAGCGUCGGAAGAGCGAGAACGCCGCGCGGGAGGCGUUGCAAGACAAGAUGGAAGAGGUUCAGGAGGACUACAGGAAGAACUUGCCCAAGGCAUGUGGCAUUGGAUACGAUGUUAAAGUGCCAUUCAAUGAAUUCACAAAGCUCAUGGUGAGAAGGAUCGUUCACUCACCGAUGAUUCUGAUACCAGAACAUCCAGAUUUCCCAGCUAUUCAGCAUGCUAUUCACCAGGAUACUGGUCCCAGAGUGAACUGA